AUGUUCUUCUUGUUCCUUUCUCCUAGUGGUGGUUUACUCUUUCUUUCUUUCUUUUUUUCUUUUUUUUUUUUCUUUUUUCUUUUUUUCUUAUUUUUUUUCUUUCUUUUUUUUCUUAUUUUUUUUCUUUCUUUUUUUCUUUUUUUCUUUUUUCUUUUUUCUUUUUUCUUUCUUCUUUCUUUUUUUUCUUUCUUUUUUUUCUUUCUUUUUUUCUUUCUUUUUUCUUUCUUUUUUUUUCUUUUUUCUUUUUUUCUUUUUUCUUUUUUUCUUUUUUCUUUUCUUUCUUUUUCUUUCUUUCUUUUUCUUUCUUUCUUUUUCUUUCUUUCUUUUCUUUCUUUCUUUUUCUUUCUUUCUUUUUUCUUUUUUCUUUUUUUUUCUUUCUUUUUUUUUUCUUUCUUUUUUCUUUCUUUCUUUUUUUUUCUUUCAUUUUUUCUUUUUUUUUUUCUUUUUUUCUUUCUUUUUUUCUUUCUUUCUUUUCUUUUUUUUUUCUUUUUUCUUUCUUUUUUCUUUCUUUCUUUCUUUCUUUUCUUUCUUUUCUUUUCUUUUUUCUUUUCUUUUCUUUCUUUUUUUUUUUUUUUUUUUUUUUUCUUUUUCUUUCUUUCUUUUUCUUUUUUUCUUUCUUCUUUUUUUCUUCUUUUCUUUCUUUUUUCUUUUUCUUUCUUUCUUUUUUUCUUUCUUUCUUUUUUUUUCUUUCUUUUUCUUUUCUUUUCUUUUUUUUUUCUUUCUUUUUUUUUCUUUCUUUUUUUUUCUUUUCUUUUCUUUUCUUUUCUUUUUCUUUUUUUUUUUUUUUUUUUUUCUUUUUCUUUUUUUCUUCUUUUUUUCUUUUCUUUUUCUUUUCUUUUCUUUUUCUUUUCUUUUCUUCUUUUUUUCUUUUCUUCUUUUUUUCUUUUCUUUUUAAAUCAAGAGGAUAUCAUAAAAUUGAGUGAGAAGUAUGUACGAGCUCUUGCUCAAGAAAGUAAUGGAGUUGUGGAUGGUCCCUAUGCUGGACGUUUCACUGCCUAUGACUUGAAGAAAACUAUAGCAGUACUCUUGGAGAAUAUGUUGAAUCGUCUUGAUCGAAUUGAAGGCCUCUUAGAUUUUCUUAUACCAAACCAGACAUUAGCCAACAAAGAUCUUUUGGAUUCUUCUCUAAAACAAAAGCUUUUACCAAUAAACAAUACGCCAUCAAAAUCCUUGGCUGCCAAAGAUAUUUUGAUGGGAAAAGUCGAAAGCUGUAUUUUAACCACAAAUGACAAAAUUACACAUCCAUUUUGUGUGGGUAAACUCCAAUGGAUGCGUAAAAUGUGGAGAACACAUUCUUGCUACAAACUGUAUGGGGUCGAUGGUACUGAAUGCUCUUUUCUGAUGUACCUAAGUGAGGUUGAAUCUUGGUGCCCAAGUAAAGCUUGGCGAGGAUCUUCCAGUACAAAGAAACACUUAACUGUCACCACAAUUUAUGCCAAUAUUUCCAACAGUAUUGAUCAUUUGAUGAAUUUGUUGAUAGACCCUAAUGAAAGGCAGGGAUAUGCUUUUAUGCGCAUGAGGAUUCGUCGAAUGUGGCCCAAGUGGAUAGAAGCAGUCAAUAGUCUUGUCAGAAAACAAAAUAUGGACAAACGGCCCAAGAAACGAGUUCUGAUACAUUUGGGUUUACUUACCAAGCAAACAGGUUGGAAAUUUGCUGAAAUGCAAUUUAAAGGUGGUCCACUUGGUGAAUUAGUUCAAUGGAGUGACUUGAUCUCUUGUUUAUACCUGUUGGGUCACAACAUCACUAUAACAAGUGAACUAGAACAACUAACUGGCAUUCUGUCCAAACUGCCAUCUGUGUUAUCCCCAUGCCAAGCUAGAAAAGAUUUACCUGUUGAUAUCAUUUACACAGACUUAGUAGGAUUGAGACAAUUCAAGAAACAUGUAAAAGGUGGAUAUGGGAAAUUCAGUUGUUUGUUAAGAAUUGUUGAUUCCUUUGGAACUGAACCUGCUUAUAAUCAUCGUGAUUUUGCACGACGAAACAAACUACUGACCACCUGGGGUGGACAGGAUCUCCAUCCUCAGCAGUUUUUUACUAUGUUCCCCCAUACACCUGACAAUUCCUUUAUGGGAUUUGUUGUUGAACAACAUUUGAAAGAUGCAGUGUUACCAAAUGUUGUGAAAAAGAAUCAAGCAGUUGUUUAUGGCAAAAAUGAAGCGAUGUGGAAGGGAAAGACAAGAUAUUUAAAUGUAGUGAAUGAAUAUGCUGAGGUUCAUGGCACCGUUUAUUUGGAGUCGAAACAAAAUCGUAGUCAUUUCAUUCCACCCUACGUAAAAAACCAUGGCUUAUUGAAAGGGGAAGAGCUGCAUAGUUUACUUCGGGAAUCAAAGAUAUUCAUUGGCUUAGGUUUUCCUUAUGAAGGUCCUGCUCCCUUAGAAGCCAUUGCCAAUGGUUGUGUAUUUAUUAAUCCAAAAUUCAAUCCCCCACACAGUAGCAAAAAUACACCUUUUUUUAAAGGUAAACCAACAUCCAGAAAGUUGACAAGCCAACAUCCAUAUGCUGAGCGAUAUAUUGGCAAACCUUACGUAUAUACUGUAAAUAUUGAUAACUUGGAAAAUUUAAGCUCGGUGCUGAAAGAGAUUAUUAAUUCAAAUAAGUUUGAAUCUUAUAUGCCAUAUGAAUUUACAGAAGAAGGAAUGUUACAAAGAAUGAAUGCCUACUUAGAAGGACAGAAUUUCUGUUCAUUCCAGAAGACAGCAAAAAAAUGGCCUCCAGCAAAUUCUAUCCAAGUCUUUCUUGGAGAAUCUGACAAGUCUUGCAAUGAUGUUUGCUGGGAAAAAGAUCAAAUAUGUGAGCCAUCUUACUUUGAAGACAUUAACAAAGCAGAGUCACUUAAAAAUAAUACUACCAAAUGUGCAACAAAGAAAGCUAUUGUAGACAUUUAUUAUCCAGCUUUCAACCCAACUAUAUCUGAAUGUAUUCUUCAGAUGGAUGAACGUUUAUUUAGUUGUGCAGGCAGCAAGUCUCCUUUGAUGCGUUUGUGUCCCUGUCGUGAUUACAUAAAGGGACAGACUGCAUUAUGUCAAAGCUGUGAUAGAUGA